AGUUCGACGUAUAGUUCACGGAUGUCGUCGCUAGAGAGCGUGGGAGGUGGCGCGGUCAAGUUCGCGCAGAGGUUCAGGUCAGAAGUGAGGAGUCGUGGUGACUCGCUCAUGUGGGUGAGAUCGUCUAGGACUUUGGGCUGCAUGCAGGUCAAGCAAAGGCCCGAUGGGAGAGGGUCAGGGCCGCAGGGGGGUAGUGCGGGCUGCCAGCCUGCCACCUCGUCGUGUCACAAUCGGAGGAUAUCCCGUUGUUGCGGUUCUCGCAGGGCGUUGGGAAGCAGGGCCAGCCGGUGGUUGAGGAAAAGGGUGAUCAGGUAUGUCUCGACAAAUGCCCAGGAAUCGAAGUUUAGCGGUCGGGAGGGCCCCAGGUGAGAGUAGUCCUGCCUUAGUCCGUACGUUCUUGGAGCUCCAAGGUCCCUGGCCAGCCUGGUAAGCUGUAUGCAGCUGGAGGCAGUACUGUGGUGGUGCUACGAGGGUGCGCGCCUUAGGUGCUUGGCUACACAGGCGUCCCCACCUCUGUCCACUCCACUCUCCACUGCGCUCCACUCCACCAACGCAGCUCAGAAAAAGAGGUUCGAAUACACACCCAGUAAGGUGCACAUGUACACCACCGGCCUGUACUACAAUGUAUAUGUUUGCUGAGGUUUUGCUCA